GAGACUCGGGUAAAGAGUCGAGGCUUCGCCAACGUACAGUUCUGCUGGAACUCAACGUUUCUACUACUUUCAAACGACCGGUAUUCUUUGGGAUUUCUUAAUGGUAGCUUUUUAAAUACAGCAACGGGCAACUUUUUUGGCGGACAUUUCCGAAGUGUGCCUACUGGGACUCGGAACAGAUCCUCGGCACUUUUAGGAGUUGUAACUUGGGAGCUGAGGAAAAAAUACAGUCUAACUUGCGAAGGGACUGUUCUGGCUUUUGAUGCUGUGCCGAAUUCGAUUAUUAAUUUACCUCACGUGGAUACAUACAACAGGAGUGCUCGAGCGCAGUCGGACAACUUACGCGUUAGUAAAGAGAUACAAUGCUGGUCGUAGCACAUGUGAAUCAUUUCUGAAACUCGAGUUAUAAGGAUUUGACGAGCGCCACCCGUACAACUUGUUGCCGCAUUGGAGAUCAUGGAACACGUUGUGGCCACAGUGUAAAAUGCUAUGUUGUUGCACUGUGUACACGAGUAGAACAUUAGCCUGCGCUUCUGUAAUGUAUCUUUUUUAUGAACGACUACAACGUGUGGCACCUGGUGUUUUUAAUAUGAAGCUUCCAUUCCGCUGGAGUUAUACCAUAUGCGCUGGAGUUUCAAAGUGUGUGGAAGAGGGAACUCGUUUUGGGAAUAUUUGAGCAACCUGUUGAGUGUAAUACACUACUUGAGACUGAUUCAAAAGUUCGCUUUCGAAGUGUAAAGUGGUUGGUGUUGAAUAAGCAGUGUGGUGAUGUUUAUCGCGACGUGACGAGUCGCGCGUCCUAUUUGGGAACACAUUUAUCCACGUUAUUUUUUAACCGUUCCAAAUUGUGCUCUAAAACCAAAUACAAGUAAACAAGCCUUUGGUUUACCAAGUGGCAACCAUCAAAUUUUAAAUGAAGCGAAAGUUUGUCCUGGGUAAAACCCAAUCCGUGUCUUUUAAAGGUGGAAUUAAUGCACGUUUUCAAGUUGAGAUUUUCAGUAAUUGCCCUCAUGUCUUGCGUGUGUAGUUUGUGUCUGGCUUCUCCUGUAAGCGAUACGGGAUAGCCAAUAUGCGUAUUUACAUUAAUGUACAGUGAUUCUCAACAUGAUGCAUUUUUUUUAUCCAGGCAUAACGACAUUUUAAACUAAAAUGAGAUGAUGCAUGCACGUAUUUUUUACAUGCUGUCAUAAUUUGUUUUAUCUGAUUGCGCGGUUGAACUUUUCAGACACUCCGAGGGAGAACAUUAUUCAGGACAUGGUGUAAAACAAGAGACUUUCUGAGUGCACAAACCCCUGUUUUACCAGUGGUUUCAGUUGCCUUUUAGAGUGGACAACUUGUAGAUCGGUCGGAACAUUUCCAGUUGAUUUCACGUCGCAGGGUUUGACAGCUUCGUUGUCCACAAUGAGCGGCUGGAGCCCGCCGCGGCAGCCGGUGCAAUGACCGUUCUCCAGCGGCGGUUGGCCGGGCUCUGGCCGUGGCUGCUAAUGGCGGCCCUGCAGGUGGUGUUCGGCCAGACCGGCCUGGAGCUGGCCGCGGCCGUCGAGUCGGAGCGAUCGGCCACCAGGGCGGUCAUCAAGGUGACUCUUCUCAAGCACGAACCGACGGGCAGGCCUAUCACAUUGGAAGGGGUGUUCGCUGGAGGCAGCGCCGGUUCUGCGGAAGGGAAACUGAUGCAGUCCCACCCGCUGUCCCUGUGCAACACCAGUGAGGAUGAGCGUCAGGAGAGCAGCUUCAUCAGCAUUGUCAAGCUGGAGAGUCCUGAGCGCAAAGUGCCUCAGUGCCUACCCCUGCUGGAGAAGGCUCGCCUGGCCCUGCAGAGAGGUGCUGAAGCUGUUAUCUUUGAUGUCACUGAUGAUGCCAAUGCUGAACGUGAGCUGCAGGAUCUGGACUCUCUGCCGCGGCCCGUGGUUCUGGUGCGUGCCAGCAACGCAGAGGAGCUGAUGGGCCUGGUCAACAAGAACGAGGAGGCCCGCGUCCACAUCGACAUCAUGAUGGAGGUGCCCAAAUGGCCCCACUAUGACGUUGUCAUCCUGUUGACAGUGGUUCUGGCUGUACUGGCCAUCGUCAUGAUCUUUGCCUUCCGCUACCGCUGCAAGUCCAACAGAACCUGGGAUUCGGUGCAUCAGCAGACGGUUCGUGCCAUCAGCAGACUGGAGACGCGCACAUACAGCUCCCAGGGCUGCUCUGGGUCACAGCGCCACCAUGGAUCUCGGGGGUCAGGCAGCAGCUCCAACUCCAGCCCUGUCUGCGCCAUCUGCCUGGAGGAGUUUCUGGAUGGACAGGAUUUGCGGAUCAUCUCGUGUGCGCAUGAGUUCCAUAAGGAGUGUGUAGACCCCUGGCUGCUGCAGCAUCGCACCUGUCCCCUGUGCAUGCACAACAUCAUGGGCGCAGAGUUAGCCGCCACACGACUGCCCCACAGGACCCGCAUGCAGCACUCGGUGCCCCCGGAGCACAGCCAGGCCUUCCUCCACCACCCCCACCCUCACCCGCACCCCCACCCUUACUCAGCCCCCCACAGCUACCAGCCGCACGCCGUCCCCUUCUCCCUGCGGCCCUCCUACCACCGCAGCGACGCCCCAUCCGGCCCCUACCCGCCUCUGGGCCACUACAGGGGAGGCUCCCCGCCCCUCCACCCACGGACGCUGCGGUGCCUGCAGCAAGGCCGCUCCCUGGGGACUGGCUGCACCUACCAGCUGGCUUCUGAGGUGGGGCAGCACCACCAAGGUGGCGGCGGGGGGCGUGGGCACAGGACUAGUAGCGGCCCCAUGUGCCGCAGUGCCGGCCAUCUGGCCGCCGCGUCCUUGUACGGCCCGGCGGCACGCCGCCCCUGCCCCGGGUACCGCUGCACGUCACGGACACAACACCCGCUGGGGGGCGCUACGGCCGGUGGAAGUGGUGGUGUAACGGGGCUCUCCUCAUUACAGCACCAACAGCAGUCGCGCUCCUCUGGCGCGGUCGCGGGCCACCACCACCACCACCACCACCACAGCAGCCGGCAGCAGCCGGACGACGGCGGGGGCAGCUGCUCUGGCGGCAGCUACCGCACGGAGCGCAGCGGCUACCUGGCCGACGGGCCCGCCAGCGACUCUAGCUCGGGCCCGUGCCACGGCUCGUCCAGCGACUCGGUGCUCAACUGCACGGACGUCAGCCUGCAGGGCGUCUACGGCAGCUGGUCCACCUUCCGCAGCUCGCUCAGCUCCGACUACGACCCGUUCGUGUACCGGCCCGGGCGUGGGCCGCGCAGGGACAGCCUGGAGGGCACUGGCCGCCCUCGAUCCCUGGACUCGGUCAUGAACCGCGGGUCAUCGUCGACUGGAGGUGUGAGUGGGGGUUUGGGGUUGGGCAUAGGCAUGGGCGGAUGUGGGGAUGACAUGUUAACGUUGCCCUUGCAACUCCCGUUACCACUACCGCCCCCACCGCCCACGGUGUUUAGCCACGUGCACUACCACAGACACAGGCACCAUUACUACGAUGGUGGUGAGCAUGGGCAGGGGCUGGGCUGUGGGGGUGGCGGCUCUGACGAGGAGUUUGUAGGACUCGCAUCAGCAGUAGCCAGUGGGCCUGUACCUCCCACGGACAAAGAUUCGCCCUUACAAUGCCCCGUGCUCACGGCCACACACCACCCAUCCUGCCACUGCUCCAAGCGGGGCUCCUCAGACAGGUCAAGUCACGGAGGCGGGUCGGAGGGACAGGAACUUAGGGACCUGCAGGUGGGGGUGGACGGGCCCUCACCCCCCUCGGGACUGGUGUCGGCCCCGGUGACAACACUACCCUCCUCCUCCUCCUCCUCCUCCUCCCCUUCACCCCCUGCUCCCCCUCCCCCUGCACCACCUCCUCCUGUUCCUCCUCCAUGCUGUCACCAGGGUCCCCUGCGGCAGCCUCAACAGCAUCAGCAGCAGCACUGGCGUGCGGUGGGUGGCUGUGGACUGGACGCUCCCUCGCCAGCCUCCCUCCCCACCGUGCGCUUCCACCAGGGCCUGGACCUGCAGGACGACUGCAGCAUUCACAUCCACUACGGACAGGGGGGGGGCUCUGGCUACUGCUGCCCCCCUCCUCCCCCUCCACCUCCACCACCACCUCCGCUUCCGGCACCCACGGACAUGGGCGGCCCUGCCACCGUGCCCCUGCUGCCUGUGCCCCUCAUCCUGGACUCUGGGGGCAUGGGGCACCACCGCGAGUGGCCGUGCUGUGGUGGGGCGCACGUGGUGUGGCAGAAGAGGGUGCCCCAGCAGGCCCACUCUGAGCCCCAGCUCAUGGAGCCCAUGGGUGGGCUCUCGAUGGCUGGCAUGGGGGCCUCCUCAGGCGACGGACAUCGCUGCAGGGGGCACCAUCGCCAUCAUUCCCGUGGGCCUGCUGCAGCUGGGCUGCCCUCGGACAUCUGCCUCUACUGCCAACCACUACAUCAGGGAUCAGAGGAGGAGUCUGGUGUGUGAGGAGUCUGGUGCAUCCCCCAAAACGUCACGCUGCUACUCAAGAGCCGGAAAUGGACAAAUUAAUAGACUAAAUUUAAAAACUCAUCAUCAGCCACCUUUCACAAAACAAAACAUCUUCCAAAUAAUUCCACACCACGUCUACCCCUCUCCAGGAACGUGCCUCUUUCCCCAGCAUCUGAACGUUCUUACAACUUAGCAAUGGUACUCAAGUCUUGCCAGCCUCUCUGAGAAAGUAAAAAAAAUAUAUCACAAGGGUUCUGUUGUUUUUGUCAGCAAUUUCAUAGUGUAUAUGGGAUGAGCCGCAGACCUCUAUGAGGUCAAACGGGCCGUUUUAUUCAUCCUGUCAGCCGCUUUCCCGCUCGCCAUUUAGCAUUUCUUGAAAUGCGCUGACGGUGUCAAACAAGGAGCUCAAAAGGUGCUGGAGAAACUACCUUCUCAAAUCUCAUCAAAACAAGGAGGAGAGGGGAGGGAGGGAAAACAAAACCCAAGUGUUUUUGUUCUGUUUUAGCUUUUGUGCCUUUGUGUUUUGUCAAGUACAGGAAGCAUUGAUUACACACUGCAUUUACAAACAAGAAGUCCUAGAAUUCUUCAGUGACCUCUCAGGAUGACCCCGUUGCCAAGGGACUUAGCCACAGUUGAUAUUAUGCACAGUAAAUGACUUUACCUCUCUUCUUCUCUCCUCUCCUCUACAUCUCCUCUCCUCUCCAUCUCCGUCUCGUCUCCUCUCCAUGUUGUCUCGAUCUCCUCUCCUCUCCUCCCCUCUCCACUCCUCUCCUCUCCUCUCCUCUGCCCUAAACUCCUGUUUCACCAAAGCAUAUUAUAUCCAUAAACCAUAAAGAGUAAGGCAUCACUGGAAGGAAGAAAUAAUGAGUUAUGUGUGGUUAAUACCUACAUUAUUGCUUUAACUGUGCACAGCUGGGCAGCUGCCUCUGUCUUAGUCCAGGACCUGGAGAAGUUAGUCACAGGUCUGUCAGUGUAGUUCAGAUAGGAAAACCUGUCAUCAUUUUGAAGGGAACACAAUUCUUGUCGUGUGUAUGUGUGUGUGCUUGUGUGCAUGCAUGCCUGUGUGUGCGUGCGUGUGUGUGUGUGUGUGUGUGUGUGUGUGUGUGUGUGUGCGUGUGUUUCCAUCCAUAUCUGUAUGCAAGCAUAUGUGUAUAUGCGUGUUUGUUUGUGUGCCUUCCAUAUUAUAUCAGAUUCCUUCAAAAGAUAAUAGUUUUUCCCACCAUUGAGUUCUGCAGUUGCACCGUACUAGAACGCACCAGUUGUCAGUGACCUCAGGGCUCUGAUAGUCACCCCUUUCACCUGCUCUGAACCCUCCCAAUGCAUGACUGUGGUCCACGGCAGCCAUGUCAUCCUUGUGAUGUAUGACUCAAAGGUGCUCGUCCUGCCCAUAUUCAGUUUUUUUUACAUGUCUGUCUGUCUCCAGCCUACCUCAGAUCAGAAGUCACAAAAUAUGCCCCAUCGCCUACAGGUACUUCAAUGGUACUUUGAACCUACACUCUGGCUGUGCUUUCACACAGAUAAUAGAGGAACAGACAGACAAAGAGAAUAGUUUGUGUGAGAGAAGAAGAGAGUCUUUCUGUUUUCUCUCGCCCUUUUGGUAUUUUUAGCAUUGUUAGAGCAGAGGUCACUUAAGUCUGGGUCUUGAGCGAGUUAAUUCGAGAAAGGCAGCUGUUUUUAUCACACAUUUUUUUGUUUUCUUUUUGUUUGUGUUUUUUUGCCCUGUAAUUUUGUGCUCAUGUCGAAAACAAUUGACUGAAAAAAAUGUGGGAGGGCCUGAAAACAUGAAAAAAGCUAGUCAUCCUCUGGUCAUUUAUUUUUCUUUUUUUUUCUUCUCUGAUCCCAUUCAGAGGGCUGUGGUUGGCUGUACAGUGUCACUUAAGACAAUAGCGAACAGCACAGUGCUCAUAUUGACUUUGCUGAUCAGUCCCAUCAUGCCUUGCUUUGGCCACUGGCUGUCUACUUAAGCCAAUAGCCUUGUGGCCCUUGAAGCUACUUACAAACCUGUUUCCCGUCUUCAUUUACUACAUACAUACACCAGCAUACAAGCUUGCCAAACGUGCCUUUUUUGUUGUCUUCAUCACCAUCGUCAUCAUCAUUGUAAUUGUUCUGAUCUCUCUGUUAAGGGGGGCAGAUGGGAGGUCAUUUUUGCCAUGUCUUAUAUUUUGUAGUGUUUUCACAGAUGUCAUAUCCAUUGGAGGAAAGCCAUUGCCACUCAGCCUAUGGGUGUAAACUUGAUCGGAUACCACACCAUUCUAAAGCUUGGAAGGCUUUGAACUUGCCAAAUGAAAUUAAUAAUAAUAAUAAUAAUAAUAAUAAUAAUAAAAGUCUGGUCAAGGAUUUAGUGUCAAGCACCAGGCAGGCUUUGACUUGGAUUGAGGAGCGGUGUCAAGUCCCACUCGAAAAUUAGAUUUUAUUCCUUACAUUUCAAAAUAAGUUUGAAUAGAAACUACAAUAAAACACACUGGAAAUGUUGCUACAGCAAAAUGUCUAUUGGGUACUGUGUUUUGUGUCUAGUCCCAUUCAUAGGUUAAUCAAUUUUUUAUUUUAUUUAAGACCCUUGCACACCAAGACUGCUAGAAUGUGAACAGAGAUGCAGGUCUAUACAGUAUCUCAGACUGGCUUCCAGUGUCUGUAGAGAAACAAAUACAGCACUUACAUUUCCUUACUAAUGAGGUCCAUCCCAAACCAACAUCAAUGUCUUUAUUUGUGAAUUUAUUCAGCAUUCUGUGUUUGAAAUGCUACCGUAUAUCCCUUCUCAUCUGGUGAGCUUCAGUGUGUGUAGUGUAUGCACAUGCAAUGGGGUGUUCAUGUUACCAUUGAUCUGAACGCUGAGUUGGCCCACACUGAUUUCCAUUCAGCUCUUAACAAACAAUGCUUAAAUCACUCUAAGCAGGAAUGUCAGAGGGGAAGCUGUUCAUUGAACCUAAUCAACACUUUUUAAAACAUUGUACCAAAGAAAACAAGGUGUUGCAUGUGAGAAAAGCAUUAGACCGCUUUUCUAGAAACUAGAAUGUUAUAUUCUGUAAUGUAAAGUGUCUUGCAGCCAUACAAUUUGAAAAUGUUGUAAUAUUGACAUUAUACCAUUUAGUGCUCUUACCAUUAAACCGUGCCUUGUAGAUGUAUGCAAAUAAUACAUGUCAGAAACGGUGUAUGUCCACUUCCCCAAUGUCUGUGAAUUUCUAGAUCAUCUCUCUGUAGUAUUUUUAUUUUCCUUUUUUUUCUUUUUUGAUGAUGACCUCUGUCUUAACACGACAAACACAAACCGCACUUUGGCUUGUUGGAUAAAAAAAGAAAAAAAUCAAAGUGAAGAGCUCAAAAGCAAACAAAGCACUAUGUAGCUGCCAUUACAAUGAAAGUUCACUUAAAUCCAUGAAAUGUCACUGAACAUUUAGGGUGAUUUUUAGUUUUCUGUCAUUUUUGUUUGUUGUUUUAAUGUUUUUGUUCUGUUUUAUUUUUCAUUUUGAAACAGAAUGAGCUGAAACUGCCUUGUUUUCUAAUAUAGCACAGUCCCUUUAAAACAUGGAGGGAACUGCCAGUAUAUUUUCGAUACUUUGCAUAAAAAAGAGAAAGACAAAAACAGAAUUAAGAUAAAGUGUUGUAUUUUAUAUAUAAUAGAACAUUUCAGUAUGGUAAUAUGUCACUAAUAUAUUUAUUUACUAAUAUAUUUAUCCAUUUUGUCCAGGUCUGAGAAAACGCAAUGUUUUCCUCAUCUUUGGAAUGAAAUCUUUAUGAAACUUACAGGUGCCAUCAUAGAUGUAUCAACUUUGCUUCAUUCCAAUUAUAUGCAAAUAAAUUAUUUUGAAAUAACUUGAGCGUUGUCUUUUAUUGAAUUUGCCCCUUUUCAAAAAGUUUAAAAGUAACUAAAAUCACAGUUGUGCAAAAGUAGGGGGGUUCAAUGUCAUACGGACAGCACUGGGCACCAGGUUCAUUUGAAAAGUUACUCAUUAAUGUUGCCAACUUGUCUGAUCUUAUGCCAGAGCAGUGAUGGCCAUGCCAAUCUUUGUUUUUGUCACUGUGGAGAGGAGACUGUUCUGAACAUUUUGUCUCAUCACGUUCAGAGGUCAACCGCAGUCUGUAUCACUAUCCAAGACAAAACAUUAACACAGACACUUUAGUUGUAACCACAUGUAAACCAUGACACAUUUUCCCCUGAACCGAACUUAUGUUACAUGGAGCAGUGGUUUUAUUAAUCAUGAACGUCUUUUAUUUUGAAAUUAUAUUAUUCUUUCCUGAUGAAGACCCUGUGGUCGAGGCUCAAUUAAAAAAAAAAAAAAAAUCAGUGUAGGAGCUAAG